UAAUACAAACACAUUUGUAUAUAUAUUUAUGCAUACAAACAUAUGCAUGGAUGGAAUAAGCAUUUAUUAAAUGUCUACUAUUCCAGGCACUUCUAAGUGCUUUUCAAAUACUAUCUCAUUUGAUCCUUACAACUCUUUGAUGACGGAGAUGCUGUUAUAGUAUCCUUAUAUUUCAUUUAAGGAAACUAAGACAAACACAAGUUAAGUGACUUUUAUGUAGGUAUGUGUUUCUGUCUGUGUAUAUAUACCUCAUUCUACACUCUUUUAUUUCUCUGUCAGGAAAGAGGUUAGCAUGUUUCAUCAUUAGUUCCCUAGAAUUGUGGUCUAUUAUUACUCUGCAAAGAGUUGCUCAGCCUUUAAAUGUUGUUUACCUUUCAAAUAUUGUCAUUGCAUAAAUUGUUUUAGAUCCAUUCAUUUCAGUCUUCAUGAGUUCAUACAAGUCUUUUCAGGUUCCUCUGAAAUUAUCCCUUUUAUUAUUAGUAUUUCAUCACAUUUAUUACUUGUUCAACCAAUUGAUGAAAGCUCCUUCAGGUUUAAAUUUUUUGCCACCUCAAAAAGCUAUCAGUAUUUUGUACAUCUUUGAGUUUAUUUGACUUAGGACUGAUCCCUCCCUUGACAUAUUCUUUCUAGUUCAUCUUUCUUCUGAUUUCCUCCUAUUUCUCUACUGAGUAAAAUGUAUUUAGAUACACAAUUAUAUGUGUCUAUUCUUUCAUCCUUUGAUCAGUUCAUAUUAAAAUGAGGUUCCUUUCCCCAUCCCUUUUUGUUUAUAUAGAUCUUGUACUUGGGCACCCUGAUUACUUGAGAGAAUUUUUUCAAACUUUACUUUUGUGAAGAUUGGAUUUGACUCUCCUCUGAUUGUAACAAUGAAGGAAGCUAACAAAGAAGGAGGAAUCGGACAUAGAGAGAGCCAGGGCUAAUGCUGCCCUUUGGGAGGCCAGAUUGGAAGUCUCAGAGAUAUCCCGGGAUGGAUAUCGUGAGGCUGUGCGGAGAUUGGCACAGUGCAAUGAGGACUUAAAGAGGCAACAGUACAGAAUGGAGAAGGAUAUAAUGUCAGUGCUAAGUUAUGUGAAGAAGCAGGAUUCAGAAAAAGACGUUUUGAUUGAAAACCUGAAACGACAGUUAUUGGAAGCAAAGAACAAAUCUGACAUUGAUAAAGAAGUUUUGCAAGAACGCUACUGUACAAGAAUUAUUGAGUUGGAAGGGGAAUUCAGUCAAAAAAACAAAGAAAUUGGCUUAAUUCAGGUAGAACUGAAAACCAUAAAGCAGUUCCAAAAGAGGAAAACUCAGAUAGAAAAAGAAUUAGAAGAGCUAAAGGAAACUUUAAAAAAUUCAGAGAGGAAACAUCAAGAGAAUCUUCGAAGGUUGGAAGGCAGAUUUUUUGAAGAAAAGUGCCGACUAGAGAAAGAGGCUGAGAAGAAGGUUGUCAUGCUGGCAGAGAGAGCCCACCAGGAAGCUGUUGUUCAGUUGAACAAUGCUGGGAGAGCUGUUUUUAAAGAAAAUGUUCAGCUUCAGAAGGCUCUUGCAUUCCAUGUGAAGGAAGCCCAGGAACUACAGUCAAAUUCACAAAAGCUUCAAGAAAAUCAAACUUUGCUCCUACAACAGAAGGAAACAAACGAGCUUUUGAUUAAGGAAAAGAUUAUCCAAAUUACUCAGCAUAGAUCCCAGAUUCAGUGUCUUCAGAAGAAAGUAGAAAAACUGGAGAAAAUUUUGGGUUACAUGACUUCAGAGUUUGAGACUGAAAUUAAAAAAAUCCAGCGUCAAGCACUUAUUGAGACCCAGGCAGGCAAAGUAGAAAUUAACAAACUGGAACAAAUCCUUGAGAUGAAGGACAGGGAGAUGAAUCGUGUGAAGAAGCUAGCCAAGAAUAUCCUGGAUGAGCGCACAGAAGUGGAGAGAUUCUUCCUCGAUGCUCUGUGCCAGGUGAAGCGACAAAUCUGUCUUAGCAGGAGGGAGUACAAGCAGAUGGCACAAGCAGCAUUUAAUAUGAAAAUGAGAGAUGCUUUCGCGGGAAAAUCCGGGUAUCCCAGAAUCCGGACAUUUGAUGGCAAAGUCCACAGCACCAAUAGUGUAAACCAGGAUCUUAGGGAGGCAGAGAAAUGGACAGACAUUAAAUCAGAAAUGGAUGUGGAUAUUGGAGACUUGACAUGGGAACAGAAGGAAAAAGUUUUGAGAUUACUUUUUGCAAAAAUGAAUGGUAAACUCCCAAAGAAAUGCAAACCAACAUCUAUCCCUCCAGUUCCAGAAUAUGUUUCUCUCACCUGUAAAGACAAAGACACUUUGGGGAAUGAAAAUACUGUCCAGGAUCAGACCUUCAUUACCCAGCAAGUUCCACUCACACAAUCUAGUACAACUGUUCUUCCUGAUAUUCAAAAAGAAUCAGAUAGGGAUUCAUAGUAAGGUGUCUGCAAUCUGAUCAAUUUUAUAUCUUUUAAACCUUUUCCAGUGGAGGUACUCACUAACAAACAUUUCUCUUUUCUUCUGGACAGGGCUUUCUUAUGGAUCUGUGCUGAGAAAUAACAGCACAAUUAUGGGAGCAGGGAUUUUUUUUAAAGUAUGGCCACACUGAAAAAGGAACAUUGUACUGGACAUCAGAUAAGUUAUACCUCCUGUAGUGUAACAUGCAGUUUUGGCGUGGCUGUUCAUUUUAAAAGACGGACUCACACAUCCUUAUGUGCUAGUAAAUAUAAACUAUGGUUGGUUCAUUUAGUGGAAUCUCAAGAGUCCCUGUGACUAAUUCCAUAUGGAUACAAUAUGACUAGUAUUACUCAGAGUUUGAGUUGUUGCAAUGAAAUAUGUGAGUAUAUUAUAUGCAUGGAUAUAUAUUCAUACAUAUAAUGGAUUAAAUACGUGGAUUUACUUAUAUUGCCAACUCAAACUACACAAUUUUGAAAGAGGAUAAAACAAGGACCUCUCUGCUUUUCCAAAUACAGAUCUUCUUCACUCUAAUUAAAAAUAGCACUUCAGAAGAGAUGUUCCUAUUGUGCCAUAAUGUGUUUUGAGAAAUUAAGGCUCCAGAUGUUUUAAAGUGAUCUUAUUUGGGUCUAAUAUUCCAUUCAGUAGGGUCAGCAAUAAUUUACUUCAUUCAUAAUGUGAAGUGUUUUAAAAUAACUGAAAAUCUUUAAUUCACUAAAUACUCCAGUGAGUUAAGGUCAAGACAACUUAACUGGAGACAAAGACAAGUAAGUUUCUCAUAUUUAAAAAGAUAGCAUUAGAUGAGAUCAUUUCCAAAAUCCCUUGAUUUGAUUUAAAUCUGAUUAUCCUAUAAGUGAUCCAGCCCCCAUCCAAAAGUCAAAGGCUCCUAUGUGAUGAAUACUUGAGCUUGCAAAUGUGUUCACUGGCUGAUGAUAUAUAUACCACAAUAAAAGGAUAUAGAAGACAUAUAGAAGCAGCAGGAAAAAAAGAGAAGAUCUACUCAAAGUCAACAUCUUUAUCUUUUAGUUCCAUUCUGAUCAAGAAAGGAAAGCUAGCAUAAGGUCACUUGAAACAAAGCAUGCCAGUCAUAAUUGCUGUCAUGAUAAUACAGUCCAGGCCUUAUAAUAUCUUUGUGUCAUGGAAAGAAUUGAAAUUUCUCUUAUGCCAAGAGAUUACUAUAAAUGAAAUGCCCUCUGCUCAAAUGAUGAAAAAUAGAUGAGAGUUCAGAAGAGCAUAUACAUGAAAAGUAGAGUUCCUCCCUAUAAGACAGAAAGAAAUAUGAUAAUAAAACUUAUUUCUGAAAGAUUCCUUCUACAUCUCACAGUAAGAUCUCAUUAUUUCUAAGUCUAAUAAAACUCUUGGAAUAGUUUGCUGAAAUAAUGCACUGUGUUUAUGUCCACUUUUCUAAUGUACAAUAGUUGAACAAAAAAGUUAUUUUUCCAGAGUACUCUGGGGGAAAAGUGUUUGUAGCCAUGGCAAUUUGAAGUAGAAGAUAGAACCAUUAAAAAAAUGGUUAGUAAAUCACUAAUACUAUUAUGGAGGGUUAUGUUUUGGGGACCAAAAAGUAGACAGUGUCCAGUUCUAUUGUGUUUUAAGGCUUCUUUCACCAAUUAUUGGAAGGUCUUCUUUGGAGACCCUAAUGUCCCCUGACUCCAUUCCUCAGUUUCUCCCUUUAUAUAAGAAUUCCACAGUUAAAAGUCACUUCACAACUGAAAGGCCCAGACUGAAAAUCUGACCACCAGGUGUCUGUCUCAGUAUUGUAACAAAAUCACUAUAUAGGGAAAGGAGGUCCUAAGGAGGAUAUGGCUAGAGUACUCCAUUUCCAAAGCACUGUGUGUGGAUAAUCUAACUGCAGUUGGCAAGCUGAUUUAGAGAGAUGGUUAAGUAGAUAGAGUGGUUACUCAGGAUGGAAAAAAGUCUGCUAAAAGUUAUUUUUAAUGGCCCAUAGUUGGCAUAACUACAGCAGGUGCAGAUAGCAAGGAAUCUUCUUCUUUCCACUGAGAAGUAAUGGUCUUUAGCUGUGUAUAGAAUUGAAUGCCCUAAAAGGAACAAGAGGAAAAAAAUUAGUAUCAGUUUGAGCAUUUCCUAUGAGAUAAUAUCUGCAACUAAAACUUGGUGUACUUGAUGCUGCAAAAUUAUGAAAUGUUUGUGUGGAACAGAGUAGUUGAAGUUAUUAUAAAGUAAUAUCUACUUCCUCUCUCUCUGGAAAUUUGUAAAGCAUGAAAAUGGUCAUCAAAACUGAAGAUCACUUUUGAAUAUUUGGUCAUGAGUUGAAUUUGUCCAACACCUGUUUUAAGCAAUCUUGACACUUAUUCCUGAUAUCAAUCUCUUAUCAAAUAUGAGACCAGCCCCUAAUUUUCAUGAAAAAAUAAAACAAAAUCCUCUGAAUCUUAACUGUUUUGAGGACUUGAUAACCUGGAAAAUGAGAUCCUGAAAUUAUUAGUUUGCCCAUCCAAGUUUGCUUGCCAAAGUGGUAUAAUUUGAACACCCAUUUCAGCCAUUUCUCAGUGAAUGAUCAAAAAAAGAUGACUUCUGAUAAAGUUGGAGUCCUCAACUUAAACUAUAGGUAGAAGAGUAAGCAGCAACUUUUUAAACUUUUGUAUAAAUGAAAUUUUUCUUAAUUGAUAAUAAUGCUUACCAAGUCAAAUGAAUUCUUUUCUAUAAUAUCUCACUCCUUUCCCCCCAAAGAGUCAAUUAGGGUUUAUCUGUUUGGUAAAUUUUAAAGGUACUACAAAAUUGUUCCUGGCCACUUUUCAAUGGAAACUUAUAGUAAUGUGUAUCUAAAGGUGUAUUUUGUAAUGUCAUUAUGCUACAUAAUUAAUCCAUUUAGAAGAUAUUACUUAAUUUUGAUUAUUUUUAGAUGAGAUAGUAAUAAUAUGGGCCCCUUUCUGUAACAUGGUCCAAUAGCCAAUUUCCUUUAGAGGUGAGAACCAUCAUGACUUUUAACGUGUUAGACCUGGAUCCAUAGGUUCAAUUCUGUCUCAGAUUCUUGGAUAUUAAAAAUGAAGUGUCACCUUGAUAAGUCUUCCUCUAGUAUUAUUUGGUAAAACCUGACCUAUUUUAAUCUCAGAAAAAAAGUUUGAUUUGAUUAAACAAUAGUCUGAAUAAGGUAUAAAACCAUACUUUUGUAACUAUAGAAAUAAGAUAUACCUCCAGUUUCCACACAAUGUUAGAAUAACAAUUCUUUAUUAUUAACAAGAAAGGAAAGUAGUAUAGAAGCAUACAAUCCACAUGUUUAAAAUAUCUGUUUGGAUUUCUAUGACACUUGUGACAGAAUAUUUACUCUUUUGGACAAUAGUUUUCAGGUAUUUCUAAGGUUUAUUGAUUUGCAUGUCUGCAAUAUGUUUUCAUAGUCUCUAAAUAAAAUCAAAUAGAAUUGUAGACCUGGAGGGGAUUUUAGAGUGCCCUCAUUUUAUAGAUCAGGAAACCAAGGUUACAUAACUUAAGCAAUAUCAUACAAUAGCAAGUGGCAGAGUUGGGAUUCAAACUCAGGUCCUCUGUCUCCAAAACCAAGACCUACUUCACUGUACUAGAUUUUUGACUUAAAGGGAAGAAUUUAGACAAGUAGUAGUGGUUUGAAAAUAUAUACAUUCUAUUGCUACAUUUGAAACUUCAUCUUCUAUAAAUGAAUAUACUCAAAUAAACUGCUUUAAAAUGGCUAA